AGAUGCGGCUGGGCGAAGGCGGCCUGUCCCGAGGCAGAGCGAGGACCGGUUCUUGCAGCACUGCCUGUGACAAAUCCAGCUGAGGAAACUGGAAACUGCUCUCCCAUCAGUACCAACCACAACAAUGAGAAGUCAUUUAAGGUUUCUUUGACUUGACGCUUUGUGCUUUAUUCUAGUUCAACUGUUCAUCACAAGAUUAUCAGAUCAGUUGAUGCUACAGAAGGUGUCCAUGAAAGUUAUGCUAAUAAAUGAAGCAGAUGUUUAAAGUCUAUAUCAUAUGUAACAAUAUGGCUUGGACUUUGUGGAUCUUUAUGUGAUGAACUUUAUCAAGCUCCUCUGAGUAGCAUACACUCUUCAAAGAUGGAUGCAAUGAAGCUAAAGCAUGAAAUUAAUCCGUUCCUUCUUUACAUUAUAAACUUUGUUAUCUGGCUAUACACAGUUAUAACAUUUGUUCCAUGGUAUUUAUUUUCUGGAUCAAGACAUGCCAUAGCCAAAUCAAAGCAAAUUAAAGCUAAACCUGUAAAUAGCAAGCCAGGUAGUCCAUACAGAUCAGUUAACAGUUUGCAUUGCUUAGCAUCUGUAUUAUAUCCUGGAUGUGAUACACUUGACAAAGCUUUCAAAUAUGCUAGAAGCAAAUUUAAGGACAAAAAUCUUCUGGGAACACGGGAAAUCUUAAAGGAGGAAGAUGAAAUUCAGCCAUCUGGAAAAGUUUUUAAGAAGGUCAUCCUCGGAAAAUAUCACUGGCUCUCAUAUAAUGAUGUUUUCAUUAAAGCCAAACACUUUGGAGAUGGGUUAACUGUUUUGGGCCAGCAACCAAAGACAAACAUUGCCAUCUUCUGUGAAACUAGAGCAGAAUGGAUGAUUGUUGCCCAGGCUUGCUUCAUGAACAACUUCCAGCUUGUUACACUGUACGCUACCCUAGGAGGCCCUGCCAUAGUGCAUGGACUAAAUGAAACAGAGGUGACAACAAUCAUUACUAGCAAAGAACUGAUGCAGACAAAAUUGAAGAGUAUUGCUUCUCAGGUUCCACUACUCCGCCAUAUUAUUACUGUGGAUGGUAAACCAGUGUCAUGGGCCGAAUUCCCAAAAGGUGUAAUUGUUCACACUAUGGCAUCCGUUCAAGCUAUGGGGGAGAAAACAGAAAAUAUGCCUGUCAACAAACAGAAGUUGAAACCAGUACCCUCAGACAUUGCUGUAAUUAUGUAUACCAGUGGAUCUACGGGAAUUCCAAAGGGUGUUAUGAUCUCUCAUUGCAAUCUUAUUUCUGGUAUAACUGGGAUGGCUGAAAGGAUACCUAAUCUGGGAGAGAAGGAUAUUUAUAUCGGUUACUUACCUCUUGCCCAUGUUCUGGAACUGAGUGCAGAACUUGUUUGUUUGUCUCAUGGAUGCUGUAUUGGGUACUCAUCACCUCAGACACUGAGUGAUCAGUCCUCUAAAAUAAAGAAAGGAAGUAAAGGUGAUGUUUCUGUAUUAAAGCCAACUCUAAUGGCAGCUGUGCCGGAAAUCAUGGAUCGAAUCUACAAAAAUGUCAUGAAUCGAGUUAAUGAAAUGUCAAGUUUCCAAAGGAAUCUGUUUAUAUUAGCUUACAAUUACAAGAUGGAGCAGCUUUCAAAAGGCUUCUCUACUCCGUUGUGUGACAGCCUCAUUUUCAGAAAAGUCCGGAUGCUGCUAGGUGGAAAGAUUCGGGUCUUACUAUGUGGAGGCGCUCCACUUUCUGCUGCUACUCAGAGAUUUAUGAACAUCUGUUUCUGUUGCCCUGUGGGACAGGGCUAUGGAUUAACAGAAUCCUCAGGGGCUGGAACAAUAACUGAAGUUUGGGAUUAUACAACAGGCAGAGUGGGAGGACCCUUGGUUUGCUGUGAAAUCAAGCUAGUGAAUUGGAAAGAAGGUGGAUACUUUAACACAGAUAAACCGUAUCCUAGAGGUGAGAUCGUUAUUGGGGGCCAAAACAUAACAAUGGGCUACUACAAAAAUGAAGAACGAACACAAAAAGAUUUCAUGAUAGAUGAGAAUGGACAGAGGUGGCUCUUCACUGGAGACAUUGGAGAAUUCCAGUCAGAUGGGUGCCUAAAAAUUAUUGAUCGUAAAAAAGAUCUUGUGAAACUUCAGGCAGGAGAAUAUGUUUCUCUAGGCAAAGUUGAAGCAGCUUUGAAGAAUCUUCCAUUGGUGGAUAAUAUUUGCGUAUUUGCAAGCAGUUUCCAGUCUUAUGUCAUUGGAUUUGUUGUGCCAAACCAUAAAGAACUUAAAGAGUUAGCACGAAAGAAAGGAUUUAAAGGAAACAUGGAAGAGAUAUGUAAUAGUGCAGAAAUGGAGAAAGAAGUACAAAAGCUUUUGGCUGAAGCUGCCAUCACAGCUAAUCUUGAAAAAUUUGAAGUCCCACUCAAAAUUCGUUUGAGCCCUGAACCUUGGACCCCAGAGAUGGGCUUGGUGACAGAUGCCUUCAAAUUAAAGCGUAAAGAGCUAACUGCACACUAUCAGGAAGAUAUUAAUCGAAUGUAUGGAACAAAAGUAAAAUAAACCGACAUCUUCCCACCUUUUUUUCUUUUCUUUUUUCCUUUUUCUUUGACACCACUUUGAUACAGUGAGCUCAGAUCAAAUAGGAAAUACUUGAAUCACAUGUCUCAUCACUUGGGACCAACAUGAAAACACCUUUACACAUUUUCAGAUUAUGCUGUUACUUCUGAUAAUAUCAACAUCUUUAACUGGUAGGAUAAGUAAAAUAUUAAGACAGCAAACUUGUGUCUGUCUUCUUUCCCCCCUCAGUUUCCUUUGCUGUCUUGACAGUGUGUGGAUUUUCCUAAUGUCCUUUUGGACAAAGAUGAUUUUAAAGCCUCAAGUUUUUAAACAUGAUUUAUAAAUCCUGUAUAAUGUUCUGUUUGUAACUUUUUGAAGUUUGGCUACAUAGAGGGAAAACUUGGCUAUAAAAGAAAUGAUUAAUUGGGGGGCUUUUUUUUACAUACGUAUUUAAAUAUGAAAGAAGUAUCAGUGUGAAAUUAUGUACAAUGAAAUGACUUACAGGUGAAAAUCAUUGUUGGCCAGAAGACCAGAUUAUUUGUUGCUGUGCAAUUGUUUUGUAUAAAAUUGCAAGAGAAAUAGUCUGACAUUCUGACUUAUAAAAUAACAGCUGAAGUAUGUGCCUGACAAUUUCCUCCUUCAUAUAUAUUUUAUUUUUAUCUGAAAUAAGGAAAAAUGGUCAUGGUAAGGCACUUGUAUAUAUGGGAGCAUACCUGCAGAACAAGCUGUAAUUCACUUUUCAAAAUGUAUUGUGGCCAUUUUUUUUUAAAGAAACUGAAUUGCUGAAACUAGUGAGAACUCAGUUUUAAAUGAAUUACUUUAUGAUUGGCAAUGUUCUUUUCUAAAAUGGGACUUUUACUUGUGUUGAUUUUAUCUGCUUUACCAUUCAGGUUUCCUCUCUUUAUGUAGUGGUGUGUGUAUGUGUGAGAGAAAGUCAAUCAACAGUUCAAGCCUAGCUAAAGCCCAAACAUUUUAAGAACACAGUCCAUAUGAUGUUUACUUGCACAAGUCCUGCCAAAAUGACUCUAUGCAUUCUUGUGUGCCUCUCUUUUGGAGUGGGGCAUGGUCUUGUACAUCAUAAAUUUAUGGUUGAUGGUUUAUUUGAAGAACAAUAGUUGUACUGAUGGCAAUUUGUAUACAGUACUCUUAUCUUCCUCACUGUUGUGAAUGCUGAUAAAAAUGUCUAAUUUUAAUUACCCAGUUGUUGAAAUCUAGUUCAUAAGGAGAGUUAGAGAGACUACACCUCAGUGAUUUUUAUAAAAUAAUAUUCCUGCACUUGAGGUCCAGACCUGAGUUGCUUGGUUUGUUUGCUUCUUCAUUGUGUCUCAAAAGUCUUGAAUUUGAAAAUGAGAAUUGUUAUGUAGGCUGUUUAAGAUGUUAUUGUAAAGCUUUUGGUUCUAGUUGGUUUGCUCUGGUAAAGAGUUUAGAAAUGUUACUCUUUUUGAACUCCAGCUCACAUAAUCACCCACCCAGCAUGGGUAGAAGCCAUGCUGGCAGUGUGGUUCUGGGAAAUGUCAUUCAAAAAAGUAACUUUUCCAAACUUUCCUGGUGCUCACAGAGAUCUAUCUGGAAGUUACAACAGGUGGACUGGAAAACUGGAGAAAGCAGUGCAUAGUCGGUGGAUGAGGGACAUGCACAGUUUUUCCUGAUCUUCCAAGAGUUGUGCAAUACUAGUUCUGUUUCAGCUUCUGAGAGCUUUAUAAUGACGAUGUGCAGAAAGUUUUAAGUAAGGUCUAACCUUGUGGGGAGUUACUAUUUGCAGUUUGUUUCAGUAUAAUAAAAUAUAUAUUGCUAUGGGCAGCUUGAGAAAACAAAAUGUAUACUUUGGUAAACAUUUAAAGGCUUUCUACUGAAUGAACUGCCUGUAAAUGUAAUUUUGGUAAAGGUUUUAAUCUGAAAGGCUUUACUUCCUUUUCUGUAAAAUUACAGAAAUUGUGGUCUUUAGCUGUAUAUCUUGGUAAAGGCCAUUGAAAACUCAUUGAACACUAAUCAGCCAACUGUAAGCAUUUGAAUUCUAAUAAUGUCCAGUGUCUGUGUCAUUGAAAAUAGUUGAAAUUCAAAACUGUUAAUUUCUCUCCAUCUCAUAGAAAACACUGAGAAAACACAAAUGCUUAACUGUUGCUGUAUUGUGAGCAUUCUGUACUUGAAAUAAUAGCUUUAAUUUGGAAAACAACUUGAUGAUUGCAUCUAAAUUAGAAGAAAAUAUUGAAAUGUGCAUAAAUGAGUGCAACUCAUGGAGAGGUGUUAAGUAGUUUAUAAAUUAAUGGUUAUAAUAAGUUGACAUACCAAAUGAUGAUAUAGCUGUAUUCCCAUAAUGUUAAUCUUUGCUUUGGGUUUCACCUCUUGAGAACGUUAUUCUUGCAUAGUAGAAUCAAUCUGAUCACUUGAAAUAUCUAAAUUUUAAGAGGAACAAGAUCCACUCAGUAAAAUCAAUAACUGAAAGUUUUAUGGAUUUCCCCCUAACUAUGGCUUUGAAUAUAAUUAAAGCUGACAUUUAAGUUUCUUUAGAAAUGAGAAUUCAUUUGUUUCUUGAAUGCCCAAGUUUCAUGUGUAUCUAGUUCCUCUAUUGUGUUAAAUUAUUGUGCAAUUUGUUUUUUAGUUGUGGGGAUGGAAUUUGUGACAUGGUCCAUAACUGUAUCUUUUGGGGUUUUUUUUUUUUGGACUUCCUAGUUCAGUUCUUGUCAUUAAAUGAUGCUGGAGUUUUUCGGCAACUCUGAACAUUCUCACAACAGAUUAGUCUUCUAAGGAGCAUGGAGCACUAUCCAUUGGAGGAAACUAUAUAUGACAUAUGUUUUUGCGCACAGUGAAGGAACCAAAUGGCCUAACUUGAGGUUACAUGGAUUAUCUCUUUCUGGUUUUCAUGCUUGUGGGUUCUUCAUGCUUUUUAAUGUUCAGGUACUAAGUAAGGCAGACAACCAAAGUGACUCUGGGCCAUUAGCAGAUUUUGAUCACUAAAAUCUAAGUACAGGGUUCACCCCCCACACACACUUUCCCCUUUUUUUUGUUUGUUUGUACUAUGAACAUUCUCAGACCCCUGUGGCUGUGUGCUAUGCCAGCUGCCCUGCAGGGAGCCAGAAAAUAGAAGAGAUCAUAAAUGGGAUUUUUUUUAGCAACUAGAUAUGCGGAAAUUUUUUUUGUAGCUUCUAAAGUUUAAAGGCUUUUUACUGAAUGAAUUGCCUGUAUAUGUAAUUUUAACAAAAAUUAGUAUGAAAGUAAGCAUUAUAUGGCAAAUGUAUGUAACAGCCUCUUAAAUGUUUUUGAAUGAAAGACAGCUUUGGGAGGCUUCAAAUCAUGAGCAAUUGGCAAAAGGUAGAGCCAGCUUAACCCUUCUAGCUCCAGUUAUUUUCUGUUCAACCCUCUCCCUCUCCCUCCCCAUUGACAUUUCUGCCGAUGGGUAAAAAAAGAGUUCUUUUGAAAACCAACUGGACAUUUUUUUGAGUUAGAAAACUACUGUAGGAGAAAAACGUUUGGCAGUUCUCCCUGCUGCUGCUGUUCUGCUUAAGAACAGUUUUCUAUAGUUUCAAAUUUUCAAAAGGGUACAACAUUGUCAUAUACACCUGUCUACCCAUUGAGCCUUAGACCAGUAGUUCUCAACCUUGAGUUUUCCAGAUGUUUUGAACUUCAUCUCCUAAAAGCUGGUAUAGCUUAUGUCAGGGAUUCUGGAAGUUGGAAGUUUAAAACCUCUGGACUAAUUGCUGAGAGCCACCGCCUUAGACCACUUGGGAGCAUUCAUUUGUUGUCCCAGGGUAAGGUUUUGAAGGAUUGAUUCUGGCAUUAAGUGUAUUUAUGGCACCAUCUACACCCACUAGGUACCAUGGUGGGUUCAUCCACUAUGUUGCAUUUCUAUAUUGCUGUGAUAUGUAGUGAAUAUGUUAGUGUAUGUGCGGGCUAUCAUGUAAAUCUUUCUUGUUCAGUUACACACACUGUAGGCAGGAAGUGUAGCAACACAGCUGCUUACCACAAGAAUGUGACUUCUGUGAUGACUGGAUAUGUGAAGGGGAUUAUAGUCCUCUCCAGCAGCAAUGAUUGGGAAUUAAACCCUUAAGCUCACCAAAGUCUGAAGGUCUUUCUCAUUUUUCACAUUGUGGAACAUUUCUGGAUUCAAACCUAAACAUAUUUGGCCCAUGAUAUCACAUGUAUCCUGCAGAAUGGAGAAAUAAAGUGUGUGUGUGUGUGUGUGUGUGUGUGUGUCCAUGCAUGUGUGUGUAUGCGUGUUUCUGUGUAUAAAUGGCUUUGAAAGAGAUUGAUUAUGUCAUUUCUGUCCAACUUUCAUUUCUUUCAUCAAGACUUGUGAGGGAGCCCCAUGCAAAUUCCAUCAGAAAGCAUACAGCAGCAGUGAUUGUACCUUUUAUAUCAGGAAAUAUGUUAAAUACUGUUCCUGAUGCUGCUGCUAUUGCAGUUUACAGAUAAUGCAUCUUUUUACCUCAAGGGGAAGCUGUCUUUUUAGCAGUAAAAUAUUUUACUGAAGUUAAAAGCUAAAAGCAGUGUGCAAUUACAGCUCAAAAGGAAGCCUAUAAAUGUACUGUGGGCUUUCAGUUUUUAAUAAAGAUACAAAAAUACCUGGAGUUGAAAUAUAAAGGUUUCAUCCUAUUAAAGCUUAAGAACGUAAGCAGCAAAUUCAUCAGAAUAGAAAUCCUUAGAAAAUAACUGCUGCAAAUGCACAAGCUUGUUUUUUCUUCUUCCUGCUUUAGACUUCCACUUCACCCAUUUGAUUUUUUUAAAAAAAAAAGAAAAACAAACUUUAUUUUUAAUUAUAUGUAAUGUGUAUAUUCCUCUGGGCUUGUAAGAAAAUUGUUUGCAUCUGUUGUCUUCUAAACUGGCAAAAGGAGGGAAGUUUUUAAAAGGUUGUAAACAUAUUAGACCAUGCUGAAAAUGUAACUGGAUAACCAGUUGUUUGUUAUAGUAAUUGGUUAUUUAAUGUAAAUUCAUUGAUUUUGGUUGUUAUUCUGAACUGCCUGAAAAUGUGUCUAUCAUAACUGAGUUAUAUUGUAUGAAUUAUUUAUUUGUAAUUGGACAUUUACACUUCAAAAAAUUAAAAUUGAGUUUCACAAGUUCA